GGUGCCCCGCGUUCCUCUCAGAAAGGUCUGCACCAUUUCCUAGAAAAAAGGAGGGGAAAAUGGCCCAAUUGCAGGAGAUGGUGACGUUCAGGGAUGUGGCUGUGGUCUUCAGCGAGGAGGAGCUGGGGCUGCUGGACGCUGCCCAGAGGAAGCUGUACCGUGAUGUGAUGCUGGAGACCUUCAGGAUGCUGCUCUCAGUGGCACACCAGCCUUUCACACUAGGCCUGGUAGCCCAGCUGGAGAAUGAAGAGGAGCUCUGCAUGGUGGAGGCCCAAGGAGGAAGCCAGGGUGGACGUGCUGUGGAGAAUGAUGAAGACAUGGAGUUAAGCUCCCUUUGUCCCAGAGAGCUCUCCUCCUGUCAGACCUGGCCACAGGGUGCAGGCUUGUUACCCAGGGAUCAGGAUCCCAUGAAAAGAUGUCUAAAGAACAACACUGAGUCUCAGAACCAAGGAGAUUCUUCCUUUCUGGUGUGCGCAGGGAGGCUGGUUCAGAUUUCUGAGGAUGGGAACUACGUGUUGCCUCCUGUAGAUGAUGACUCUGCCUCUCUGAGAAGUCAAGAGUUUCCUUCACUGAGAGCCCAGCAGUCUUGGCAGGUAUCACAUCUCAGUGGGUCAUGUAUUCGCCAAUGGAAAGGUCAGCAAAUGCCUAGGAAUGUUUCUAGUCAGAGUUUAUAUCUUCAAGCUACUCAGGAAAUCCACUCUGAAGAGAAACUAUAUCCAUGUGUGGAGUGUAGAAAAGAUUUUACACAUUGCUCAAAUUUUAACACUGAGCACAAAGUUCACAUGGAAGAGACUGUCUAUAACUCUGAGUGUGGUGAUCACUUCAGUCUGCCCCCACAUUUCCAGGACUUUUCAGCAGUGUACCCCAGGGAAAACCCACAUAAAUAUGCAUGCAGUACAAGUUUCGAUCAAAAAUUGUGUAUUCCAAGCCAUCAACAACUUGACGUCAUUGAGAAGCCUACUCAUAAAGAGAGUGAAAAUGGGUCUAACUGGAGUUCCAGCCCCCAAGAUCAGCAGAAACCUAAGCCACACAAAUGCAACACCUGUGGGAAAGGCUUCAGUGACAAAUGGGUUCUUACCAUUCACCAGAGAGUCCACACAGGAGAGAAACCAUAUCAAUGUAAGGAGUGUGGGAAGUGCUUCAGCCAGAGUGCCUACCUACACUCCCACCGGAGAGUUCACACUGGAGAGAAACCAUACAAGUGUGAGGUGUGUGGCAAGGCCUUCAGUCGGAGUUUCUACCUGCAAGGCCACGAGAGAAGUCACACUGGGGAGAAACCAUACAAGUGUGAGGAGUGUGGGAAGAGCUUCAGUCGAAAUUCCUACCUGCAAGACCACCAGAAAGUUCACACUGGGGAGAAACCAUACAAGUGUGAGCAGUGUGGGAAGGGCUUCAGUCGGAGUUCCAACCUUCAAGGUCACCGGAGAGUUCAUACAGGAGAGAAACCAUACAACUGUGAGGAGUGUGGGAAGGGCUUCAGAUGGAACUGUAAUCUUCAAAUUCAUCAGCGGGUUCACACAGGAGAAAAACCCUAUAAAUGUGGGAUAUGUGGCAAAGGCUUCAGAUGGAACUGUAAUCUUCAAAUUCAUGAGCGGGUUCACACAGGAGAAAAACCCUAUAAGUGUGAAAAAUGUGGCAAAGGCUUUAGUAUCGCCUCCAGUCUCCUGGUCCAUGAGAGAGUCCACAUGGGAGAGAAGCCUUACCAGUGUCUCGAGUGUGGGAAGGCCUACAAUAGGUAUUCCAAUCUCCAGAUACAUCACAGAAUCCAUACUGGGGAGAAGCCAUUUAAAUGUGAGGUGUGUGGGAAAGGUUUCACCCAGAAGUCAAAUCUUCAAUCUCAUCAGCUUGUCCAUACGGGAAGGAAACCCUACAAGUGUGACACAUGUGGUAAGGGAUUCAGCAGGAAUUCAGGUCUUCUGAUGCACCAAAAAGUCCAUAGCAAUGAUAGUUUCUAUAGGAGGGAAGAGUAUAGGAAUGGUUCCCAUCCUUCUGAGAACCUAGGCAGAGACGAAGGCCUGUCAAAUAAUUUCGAAAUACCAGGUUUAAGGCUAAUUUUUUUUCAUGUGUCUGUGUGUCGUCCUGGUCCCCUCGGGAACUGGAAAGUGUGCUCCCGGUGGCCUGUGCGGGAAGAGUCACUUCCGGCCCAGGUGUGCGAGGCCGUGGCCCGCGUUCCUCUUAGAAAGGAGAUGGUGACGUUCAGGGAUGUGGCUGUGGUCUUCAGCGAGGAGGAGCUGGGGCUGCUGGACGCUGCUCAGAGGAAGCUGUACCGUGAUGUGAUGCUGGAGACCUUCAGGAUGCUGCUCUCAGUGGCACCCCAGCCCUUUACACCAGGUCUGAUAGCCCAGCUGCAGAAUGAAGAGGAGCUCUGCAUGGUGGAGGCCCAAGGAGGAAGCCAGGGUGGACGUGCUGUGGAGAAUGAUGAAGACAUGGAGUUAAGCUCCCUUUGUCCCAGAGAGCUCUCCUCCUGUCAGACCUGGCCACAGGGUGCAGGCUUGUUACCCAGGGAUCAGGAUCCCAUGAAAAGAUGUCUAAAGAGCAACACUGAGUCUCAGAACCAAGGAGAUUCUUCCUUCCUGGUGUGCGCAGGGAGGCUGGUUCAGAUUUCUGAGGAUGGGAACUACGUGUUGCCUCCUGUAGAUGAUGACUCUGCCUCUCUGAGAAGUCAAGAGUUUCCUUCACUGAGAGCCCAGCAGUCUUGGCAGGAAUCACAUCUCAGUGGGUCGUGUAAUCGCCAAUGGAAAGGUCAGCAAAUGCCCACGAGAAAUCAUUUCCAUGGAUGUGACAGCAUCAGUUGGUUCUCAUACCACAGUGACAGUGAGGGGUUACACAGAAAGGGGGAAAGCUAUAGUUUCCAUGACCUCAGAGAAGAGACCAUGAAGGUAUCUUCACUUAAGCAGGACUUCAUUAAAUUAGGGCCGGUGCCCUGCCCAUGUAGUGAGUAUAGAAAAGCCUGUGGCCAUGGUGACAACAAUGAGCCCGGCUCUCACACACAUCAACAGUUCAACUCAAGAGCAAAGCCCUGUCCAUGCAGUUCACAUGGAGAGGGCUGUCAGGACAGGUCAGCUCUUUACAUCCAUCAGAGUGUGGAAAAAGGAGAUGAAGGUACGGCUGAGAGUUCUCUUCUGUGGUCCCCUCUGAGACUGUGUACAGAGCAAAUGCUGUGCCAGGGCAGUGAGAAUGCCCAUCAUGCCUCCCCUCUCAACCCUUGUGGAUGUGUCCACCCGGGCGACACCUCCCAGAAGAGCGGCAUCCCUGAGAAAGCUCUGCCUUGUUGUUUACACUAUAAUAGUAAUUUUAGGGUCCACACUAGGGAAGAGCCCAACAAGUAUGAGGAGAAUGGGAAUGUUUCUAGUCAGAGUUUGUAUCUUCAAGCUAAUCAGGAUAUCCACACUGAAGAGAAACUAUAUCCAGGUGUGGAGUGUAGAAAAGAUUUCACACAUUGCUCAAAUUUUAAUACUGAACACAGAGUUCACUUGGAAGAGACUGUCUAUAACUCUGAGUGUGGUGACCACUUCAGUCUGCCCCCACAUUUCCAGAACUUUUCAGCAGUGUACCCCAGGGAACAACCACAUAAACAUUUAUGCAGUACAAGCUUUGAUCAAAAAUUGUGUAUUUCAAGCCAUCAACAACUUGACGUCAUUGAGAAACCUACUUAUAAAGAGGGUGGGAAUAUCUCUAAGUGGAGUUCUAGCCCCCAAGAUCAGCAGAAACCUAAGCCACACAAAUGCAACACCUGUGGGAAAUGCUUCAGUGACAGAUGGGUUCUUACCAUUCACCAGGGAGUCCACACAGGAGAGAAACCAUAUCAAUGUAAGGAGUGUGGGAAGUGCUUCAGCCAGAGUGCCUACCUGCACUCCCACCGGAGAGUUCACACUGGAGAGAAACCAUACAAGUGUGAGGAGUGUGGGAAGGCCUUCAGUCGAAAUUCCUACCUGCAAGGCCACCAGAAAGUUCACACUGGGAAGAAACCAUAUAAGUGUGAGCAGUGUGGGAAGGGCUUCAGUCGGAGUUCACACCUUCAAAGUCACCAGAGAGUUCAUACAGGAGAGAAACCAUACAAGUGUGAGGAGUGUGGGAAGGGCUUCAGCUGGAGCUUUAAUCUUCAAAUUCAUCAGCGGGUUCACACAGGAGAAAAACCCUAUAAAUGUGGAGAGUGUGGCAAAGGCUUUAGUAAGGCCUCAACUCUCCUGGCCCACGAGAGAGUCCACACGGGAGAGAAGCCUUACCAGUGUGGUGAGUGUGGGAAGGAAUUCAGUCAGAAAUCAUACCUUCAAAGCCACCAGAGCGUUCACUCUGGAGAGAGACCAUAUAUAUGUGAGGUGUGUGGGAAGGGCUUCAGUCAGAGAGCAUAUCUACAAGGUCACCAGAGAGUCCAUACCAGAGUGAAACCAUAUAAGUGUGAGAUGUGCGGGAAGGGCUUCAGCCAGAGUUUCCGCCUCGAAGCACACCACAGGGUCCACACAGGGGGAAAACCAUACAAGUGUGAUAUGUGCAUGAAGGGAUUUAGUGAGAGUUCCCGUCUCCUGGCACAUCAGAGGAUCCACACAGAAGAAAGACCCUACAAAUGUGAACAGUGUGGUAAAGGCUUCAGUGGGUAUUCCAGUCUCCAAGCCCAUCACAGAGUCCACACUGGGGAGAAGCCAUACAACUGUGAGGUGUGUGGGAAAGGCUUCAGCCAGAGGUCAAAUCUUCAAGCUCAUCAGCGACUUCAUACAGGAGAGAAACCCUACACGUGCGAUGUGUGUGGUAAGGGUUUUCGGUGGAGCUCAGGCCUUCUGAUCCAUCAAAGAGUCCAUAGCAGUGAUAAUUUCUGUAGGGGGGAAGAGUGCAGGAAUGGCCAGACUUCUGAGAACCUAUGCAGAAAUGAAGGCCUGUCAAAUGCUGUUCUGUUUUGUUAAUUAAAAUGUAGUCUUUGUACCCAAUAUGAAUGCCAGGGUGGUUGGGAAACAACAUGGUAUAGAGCCCUACUGAGAGCUUGCUGAAGUCUCAACAAGCUAUUGCAGAGAAUCAAGAACCUUCCAACCUGCAUGUCAGCAGAAAUUAACAAAAAUAUGAUGUCCGUGUCCACCAGAACAGAAACUUGAUGACAGAGUCUUUGUCCAUUGCCAGGGUUCCAAGAGCAUGAUUAGAGAGGUGGUUCUGCCAUGAUGAGCACUGGCUGCUUUUGAAGACCACAUGGCAGAUAUCUGACACCUAUGUCAGGCCCAGACAUAUGU